CUCGUGUUGUCAAGUCUUGUGGUGACUGAGAGCCGGUCGUGCCGACCGAUUAUCGUCUCACCACGCUGUCCUCACUUCCCCCGGCUUACACAUCAGUGACCAACCAACUACUAUCGCUCGAGACGGACAAGACAUGUCCUAUGAAAUAUCAGAAGAAUCCCGCUUCAGAGUCUGAGACCCAAGAUCGUCGUAGAUCCUCGACACUACGUGUACCUGGCCUCGACGGUAACACCCUCCGUCAGCAGAACACGAGCCGCCGCUCGUCCGUGCUGACGAUAACGGAACUCGAACUGCCAGACCUCCACAUAUCCAGUCCUAGUCGCCGCACGGCACUCUCCAGUGGAGCUCACUCCAUGGCGACAACAACGUCCCGCUUCCUCCAACUCCCAGCAGAGAUUCGCAUCCACAUUGCCUCCAUCUACUUUCAACAUGCAGAAAAUCUUCCUCGAAUUAGACCCGCCUACGGUAUCCCGAGCCUGCUCAAGACAUGUCGAACAGUCUACACCGAAGCCAUAGCCCUCUACUAUGCUUCCUCUCCAUUCCGCUGUCUCGAUGAAGCCUCCACCAUCCAUUGGCUUUGUUCACUCCCUCCCAAGUUCCUGGCCAUGAUUCCGGAAGUACGAUAUGAUACUCGCUGGAUCAUCUUUGUGACGCCCUAUAUCCCCAUUCCCGGGACCGAGUUGUGGUUGUGGCAGAAUCUGUUGAAGAAAUUGGAGGCCAACGGAUUGGACCUUGGAACGUUGCUGGAUGUGGAGGCAAAAAACGGUGGGAGUGCGAAGAUGAAAAUCAGCUUCUACAGAAAGGGUGCUGAAGGAGGUAUUGUCUGGAUGGAUGGAAUGGAAUCGAUGGGCGUGGUACAAGGUGACAAUGCGUGAUGUGGUCUGCGAGCACGACGACCCUCCCAGGUGCAGGGUGAUGCUGCAUUAAGGUAGGUAGGUACCUGGGUGCUCUUGGAAGGAAGCUCUUCCCCUCUCGGAAUACGCAUGCCAGCUCUCUCUCAUCUCCUCGUCGCGGUCAUCUAUAAUCUCCCUCCCAAAAGCGUGCUGAUACGCCCAUUGUCAGUCUCCACACGUGUCAUGUGGUAUGCUGCUCACCUGGCUUUUCCG